AUGCGUUUGGGGUCGCUUUCUGGGCAAGUGCGGUGUACCUUCAGAACGGAGGACUGUUCAGGAAAAGCCGGCAGCCGAUAUGUUCACACUCAGGGUCAAGUGAUUUUCCAACCGGGGCAGUACGAGCAGAGCAUUCCUGUUGAGGUCCUGGACACACCAGGCUGGAUGGCAACGCUGGAGUUCAAAGUGGUGCUGGAGAAUCCAGUUGGUUGCCACUUGGGAAGGUACCUGAAUAUUUGCCGUGUAAAGGUGCUGGACACGGAUUACUUUCCUUCAAGUACUUACGAGCGCAUUUUGCAAAAGGGCGAAGAUGACAUAAGGAAGAUGAACAGGCUUCUGUUGUUCGCCGAGUUUGUGAAGCUUUUGCUGUCAGUGCCCGGCGUUAAGUGGAGACUGGUCUUGACGUUGUUGUUCGAUCAACUAAAGACUCUUUAUGCUUGGUUUAUGCUCGUCUCUUCGGUGUACAUGGUGAACGUGAUUUUCAACAAGGACGAUGCCCUGGAGCAGGAACUGGUGAUCCCGGAUGACCCUGAAAUGACGGCUCGGCUCAUUGCAUUGAUGUACGUGUUGGCUCCACUCCUCUUGCACUGCUGGCGGGAGGCAAAGCUACAGAUGGACAUCCGAGGCCACUGCACACUCUUUCUGCAGACUUCGGUCAUGAGGAAGUACAUGAACUACAGCGAUAGCUCAAGGUCGGAAGUCUCGCAACACGAAGUGCAGAAGUUCGUGAUUGAGACCUCAGACGAACUGGCUCAGAGCAUCGAUGACAUUUCAUCUCUUGCAGAGAACUUGGGGAAGCUCAUCGUCCUGAACUAUUUCGCGGUUUCUAGUGAUCCUGGUGUGGCCUGGGCUGCCAUCGCGAUGCCCGUGAUUAUGGCUUUUUGGGCAUUUCUUCGGGAGGGCCUCCUUCACAAGCCAGAGGAGACUGAUGAUUCCCAGAAGCUCGUCGGUGACAUGGUCAGUGAGAUAAGUCACAACUAUCGGCUCAUUGCGGGCUACUUCCAGCGCCCUGCAAUGAAUGACAAAUUCGCGGCCCGUGCCACGAAGCUCUCUGAGGUACGCUUGCCAUGGGUUGCAUAUGAGCUUCGCAGCGAGUUCUUUUUCGACUGGCUGGGUCCGCUUUUCGUGGGUGGAUACGUGGAAGUGGGUCAUAAUUUCGCAGAUGGCUUUGCAAGAAUCCGGAGGGUAGCUGCAAAGUUUUCGCCUUUGGUGGAUCUCACCGUGUUCUUGAAUCGAGCCACGGAUGUUCAAGAGCUUGGUGAGUUGAUAGACAGCAGAGUGCAAGAGACUUCCAUCCUCCGAAAGGACAUUCUGUCGACCCCUGCCUUAGAAGACUCGUCCGCGGUCAGAACAGAUUUGAUUCCCGUCCGCCUGGAGAACCUGAGCUUCUGCUUUCAAGGAAGGCAAUUAUUCCAGGGAGUCAACAUGUCAGUACCACAAGGCAAGCUGGUUGCAGUGGUUGGCCGUGCAGGCUCGGGAAAGACACGGCUGAUCCGUGCGCUGGGCAGCGACACCUCUCCGAGCACAGGCAGGGUGCUGAUUCCCUCGCACUUGCGGUGCCUGCUGGUAUCUCACCAAGUGUUCUUGAUGAACACAUCGCCGCUGCAGAAUCUGUUUUUCGGAGAUCCAGCCUCUCUAGCAGUGCCGGAGGAACGCCAGCGCAUGAUCAAGAUACUGAACAAGCUCGAAAUGCGGCAAACCCGCAAGUUCGCAGAGCGGGAGAUGCAAAUGCUGCAAGAACCCAGUCCUGUCAAAGUACAGGAAGGUGUUUGUUGCUGCUGGGAUGACCUUCCUGAAGAAGACGAGCUGCAGCCGAGCUGGCUGCCUUCGGACGGCUCGGCAUCAGCUUUACGCAUCGCUUCGGAAUUGCAUGGCUGGCAAGAGUCACUGUCCUUUCAAGAAACAGCCAAGCUCCACAUCGCCCGUGCAUUGAUCAUGAAUCCAGAAAUCUUGAUCCUGGAAAAGCCGCUGAUGAAUUUCGAUGACUACGAAGCGGAAUCCGUGGUUCGGGUUCUCCGAGAACAUAUAUCCGACAGAGGCAUUGAACUGCCCGCUGGGACUCGGAACAGGCGCAGGCCUCGAACUUGCUUCUACAGCGUUGAGCGCGUCAGCAAGAACGAUCAUCCGGAUGUUGUCUGGAAGUUACAAAAUGGCGAGAUGGUGGAAGAGAAAGAGAUCCCAACAGAGCUACCGUCCUCGAAACGGGCCAGCUCAAGGUUCUCCGCGGUUCACUGA